AUGGAGCAGGCGCCGUGCCCGGGCGCCCCCCCGGGCUACCGCUUCGCGCCGACGCCGCGGGAGCUCAUCCUCUACUACCUCAACCCGUGGGUGGCCAGCCCCGCCGGCCAGACGCCGUUCGGCCAGACCGAGGGCAUCGUGUGCGCCGCCGACGUCUACAGCGCGGACCCGGGCACGCUCACGUCGGGGCUCCGCCACUUCGGCCACGACGACGGCAACUGGUACUUCCUCUGCGUCGCCCGGUGGAAGGACGGCAACGCCGGGACACGGAUGAGCCGCGCAGUCCAGGGCGGCGGCACGUGGCACGGCUCGGGGAAGCGGAUCCCCGUCGGCCGCCACGGUUACCGCCAGACCUUCGAGUACCGCGUUCCCGGCGGCGGCAAGAGCGCCUGGCUCAUGGAGGAGAUCGGGAGCAGCCUGCCCGAGGCAACCGGGGGUGAGGGCGUCAAGGUGCUCUGCAGGGUGCACCGCACGCCGAGGGCGGCGGCGGACGACGACGCCAACGAGGAACGCCAAGAAACCGACGAGGUGGUCCAGUUCCGGUCGUCCAAGAAGCCGCGGUGCGAGCUGCGCCAGGAGCACGACUUCGCGGCCGCAAAUUAUUGGGCGGCGGCGGCGCCAACCGACGUCGUCUGCUCCUAUGCCAGCACGUCGCAGACUGCGCUGGUGAAUGCGGCGGCACCAACCACCUGGCAGCAGCAGCCCAUGAUGGAACAAGGCGUGGCCAGUUACCACUGCACCGGCGUCAAUGGCGGCGUAUACGUGAAGGACGAGCAACAGCCAUUGGAGGUGCUUCUUCCAGACGAGGGAUGGCAGCAAUGUCUAGAGAUCGAUUACGGCUUUGAUUAUUCCACUGAAGAUGGACUCUUCAAAAAAAAUUCCACUGGAGAUGCGCAGCUGAACGACGAAUUGAUGCACAACACCUUCUCAUGUCCAAAGCCAAGCGACGGCGCAGUGCGAGAAAACGGUGAUCCUAGGGGCGAAAGGAGAGCAAGCUGA